CCACAACAUGCGGGCCCCUUAAAUUCUUCCCGAUGCAAGGGUCUCAACAUUUUUGGAGCGCGUCCACCCGAUCAACCACGACACGGUCUCGUCCGUUUUAAAAGCCAGUCUUUACCCCCACGACGAAUUGCCGGACUUGGUUACUUACAACCAUUACGACAUCAUGGCGGCCAAUUUUGACGUCCAAGAGACCUUGGACAGGGCUCUAGACCUCUGGAACUCGGUCCCCCAGGUCGGCCAGUGGGCCUUGGCCGGCCUCGGUGCUCUCUACAUCGCUCAACCAGUGUUGUCGUUUGUCCAGUUGCUCCUGAACUGCUUCAUCCUCAGCGGCACCAACCUCCGCAAAUAUGGCAAGAAGGGAACCUGGGCUGUCGUCACGGGCGCAUCUGAUGGCCUCGGCAAGGAGUUCGCUUCGCAGUUGGCUGCUAAGGGCUUCAACCUCGUCCUCGUUUCUCGCACCCAAUCCAAACUCGACACUCUUGCGCGCGAAUUGACAUUGAAAUGGUCUGGACUGGAAACCAAGACACUUUCGAUGGACUACUCCCAGGAUAACGAUGCCGACUACGAACGCCUGGCCGAGCUGCUCAAGGGCUUGGAUGUUGGCAUCCUGAUCAACAACGUUGGACGGUCGCACAGCAUCCCGGUUUCAUUCCUCGAGACCGCCCGCGAAGAGCUCCAGGACAUUAUCACCAUCAACUGCCUGGGCACCCUCAAGACCACUCAGGUUGUUGCGCCUAUCCUGGCGAAGCGCAAGAGGGGCCUUAUUCUUACCAUGGGCUCGUUCGCCGGUGUCAUGCCAACCCCGUACCUCGCAACCUACAGCGGCAGCAAGGCGUUCCUGCAGCAUUGGAGCAGCUCGCUGGCCUCGGAGCUUAAGCCGCAGGGCGUCGACGUUCAGCUUGUUGUCAGCUACCUGGUUACGACUGCCAUGAGCAAGAUCCGACGCACCAGCCUUCUGAUCCCGAACCCCAAGCAGUUUGUCCGCUCGGCGCUGGGCAAGAUUGGCAUGACCGGGAACGAAAUGUUCCCCAACACUUACACGCCGUGGUGGAGCCAUGCUGCCUUCAAGUGGCUGAUCGAGAGCACAGUGGGUGCAACCAGCGGCGUGACCAUCUGGUUCAACCGGAAGAUGCACGUUGAUAUCCGCACUCGGGCGCUGCGGAAGGCUGAAAGGCAGGCCAAGAAGCAGUGAGGUCGGGUUGGUUGAUAUGAUAAUGAGGUUUCACACAAGCUUCGGUGCCCCAGAGUUUCCAGGUUCCGGUGAAUGCAUCAGGCAGUCAAAUCGCUAGAACGGCUUUCCAUCUAGCUUCGGAAAUUCCAAGUCGUAAAUAAUUAUACUGUGUACACAGUAAUACAGUAAUAAACUUCAAUUUGAGGAGAUCAGACGGUCAUGGAAAGUAAUCGGAUGUGCCUGUGCAAUCGUCCCCAAAACUGACCGCCCGAAGUGCCUCUG